AUGAGUAUGCAAUCUGGCCAUCUCGACUUCUUGGUGCCCCAAGUUGUAGGCUCUCAGGCCACUUACGCCGUGUACCGUGAUGGGAUAUCGCCAAAGGAGAUUAUCAUUUACAAUUCUAUCCUGCAUGCGCCGCUGGAUGAUCCUCCACCCAACUCAUUUUCUUCGCACCCACCCCAUGUCUCUUCCCCAGGUGGGGUGGAACGAAUAGACACUGCAGACUACAACUGGAGGAAGGCUCUGGGGGUGAGGGAUCAGAGAUUCGUGGACCAUGUAGUGUGUAAUGUGUACGGGGGUAGAAGUGGGGCGGGACUGGCUAAGUUUGGAGGGGUGGGAGGGGACGGGGGAGAUGUCUACUUGGUAGCAGAUGCUAAGAAGAAGAUGAGUGACUUGCAGCCUAGUGCACGUGGUGGUGGUGGGAGUUGGAGUGUGUUGAAGCUGAAGGGAGAGGACGGGGUGUCGAGUCAGAAGAGGAGUAUCAAGGGAGAGAGGGGGCAAGACCUCACUGUCAAAGUGCCACUUGGAACAUCUGUAUGCGACAUGAAAGGUAAGCCCCUGAUUGACCUUGACCGAGAGGGAGACAUGGUGCAAGUGGCCAGAGGGGGCGAAGGAGGCAGUCCGAAGAAUGAGUUCAAGUCCAGCAAGGGAUCCUUCGGCAGCUUCAAACUCUACCUCAGACUGAUCGCAGACGUCGGACUGGUCGGAUUUCCCAAUGCAGGCAAAUCAACUCUACUUUCCCGUAUAUCGGAAGCAAAGCCAUCCAUCACCGCUUUCCCGUUCACUACCCUCCACCCCAAUGUAGGUCACGUCAGGUACGGAGACCUGCGGCAGAUCUCAGUGGCAGACACCCCUGGACUGAUUGAGGGGGCGAGUGAGAAUAUUGGCCUGGGUCACCGCUUUCUCAAACAUGUGGAGCGGACUAAGAUGCUGGCAUAUGUGGCAGACGUAGAGGGUUUCCAGUUGAACCAGACUUCGCCCAGAAG